GGACAGCCCGCAUGGAUGCCGAAGCGCCAGAUCUUUGAGUGGGCGCGCCACCUGGUCGCCGUGCGAUCACGAACCGAGAUUAGUACUAGUACCGUACUGUUUCUUUCACAGUCUUGAGAAUGUGACAGUUGCUCACAUUUUGUUUUCUUUCAACGACUUUCGACCAAGAGCCAACCGUUCUGUGACAGGUUGUUGCCACUCUUGUCUCUUCUCAUCCAAAUUAAAAACAGCAUCACACUUCGAAACUUGCUAAUAGAAACACCAUGAUGGUUUGCCGCAUUUCCUUCCAAGCCUUGGUUCUCUCCCUUGCCACAAAUAUCUUUGUCUCAGCGAUCUUUCGAACGACCGAGCAGGGCUCGAAUGAUUUUGUAUUCACGAAGAACCAAGUUGACAAGACAAGUUUGGACCGUUCACUCCAGCAGCAGACGCCAGAAGCUUUCCUACAAUCUCUUGACAUUUGUGGUGGGUUUGACUUGAUUGUAGAUCAACUGGAGGGCGAAGAAAGCUGCGCUUGUCAGGACAAUGUUGUAAACUGUGGUUUUACUGGUGGCUGUGAUGUCGACCGUAGUGUCUGUACUGAUGUCGUGGGCAUGGCAUUUCAAUUCUUGGUAGAUGGUACCGGUAACAAUCAAUCAGUAAAUCAAAUGAGAUUGACGGCUUGCUUCACUUAUACCGAAGAAUUCGAAGCUACCUGCAUUGAUACCAUCAUUGGCCGUGGCCAGAAAAUUCAAGCUUGCAAUGGCGCCACGUACGGAGACCAAGAAUGCCUGUGCGCAAUUUGUGGUGACGAAAAGAGCGUUGCAGUGGAUUGCAGUGAACAUCAUCCAUUGGCUACUUCGAAUGGGUGCUAUCUUCUAUCGGAUGCUAUUCCUCCUUUGGCCAAGUUUGAUCAGCCGCCAAGAGGACAAUAAUUGCGAGAGCAUCCGUACAUAGCAACAGGAGCAACAAACAAUCAACUAACAAAGCAAGGAAUAUCUACUGAGGCAAUAACUUAAUGGAGACGAAACUUCUUGCUCAGAGUAAGAGGGAGGGUUCUGGCUGCCGACCGGGAGACUGGAGGAAAUUUUCGACGCUGCCAUGGAUACAGGCAUACAUGUAAAAUAGAACAUUGCAUUCACACAUAACCUUAACGAUUUCACGGAAGUUGGCACCGGUAGUAUGGUAGCUAUCGCGAAUUGGCAGUUGCUUUUCCU